GUGAAGGUUCCCGCGAAAUAUGCCCCGAGUUUGUUUACAUGUUGGAGACGAUGCCUGGAGCACCUCGGCCUCAUCUUGUUAGUGAACUCUGUGAUAGGACCAUUAGAGGCCUCUAUCCUGGCCAAGUAAAGAAAGCACAGAAGAGCUUGUUUGCCUGGAGUUUCAAGUGCUACCGUGAUGACGAAUAUGAGGGCAUUGCUGUCGAACUUGAAGAAAACGUUCCCCAGUCUGGAGUGGAACCACCAAUAUAUGCAUGUAAAUUUGGUGAAGGAAAAAAUUAUGGACAUAUACUUGUGCUAGCAAAUGAAGAUGGUCAAAUAGGUCUACGAGAUACGCGACUAGUUGGCAGUGUGUCACCAGUGGAAGGUCAGCAGAUCCAUCAGAAUGCCAUCUUUGAUGUGUGUUGGGUGCCAGGGUCUGCUGAGCUGGUAUCCGUGUCUGGGGAUCAGUGUGUGUCUAUUUUGGCAGUACGGGAAGAUGGCACUCUGGACGUGACUCUGUCAUUGUUGGGGCACACUAGAUCCGUCAAGACUGUUCAUGUAAACCCGUAUGACCCAUGUGUGAUAGCAACAGGAGCACGUGAUGGCAGUGUAAUUAUCUGGGACAAGCGUUGUAAGCCACACCACAAAGCUGAUGAGAUAGCCCCAGCUCACUCCAAUCUUGGCAAAACCAUAGCAUCACCCAGUGUUCGCAAAGCAGCUAUGGCCAGCUCGUCAUUAAACAACAGUGUAACGGGUGUUGUGUUCCAGCAGCAGCAUGUUGUUAUCUCAUCUGGAGCCUCAGAUGGGCUCAUAAAACUGUGGGACCUCCGCAAGACUCAUGGUGGUGGAAAACGUGAACCCCAGUGUCAAAACAUUCUGGAACACACUGGCCGCUCAUCGCAUAGGGGCUUCACAUCCUUAUCUGUUUCACCAUCUCGCGAUGUUUUAUACACAUCUUGCAUGGAUAACACAAUCUAUGCCUAUCACCUUGCAAAUCCCACUCCUAAACCAGGUAUGUUUCAUGUGAAUAUCCACAAAAUGACUAAAUUAUACUAUUACAUUUACAUUUUAAAGGUCUCUGUGAGUGUUGUUAAUCCUGGGGCUCUCAACCUUUGCUGGUAUGAGAGAAGGACAAUGAAAAGAUUGAUCUUUGAGCACCUUAGUUUUAUGGUAGAAUAUAAAGUAGUAACUUGUGCAGAUGACAUGAAACUCCGCAUCUUUCGGCGAAAAAAUGUUGACUUGGAUGACUUUGAUGAAAAAAUAAAUAUUCGUGGCAUAUCUGAGCCAUACAUUAUAAAAGAACGCAAUAGUGAAUGUGCAACUGAUAACAAGACUGCAAUAUAUUUGGGGAAUAAAGAAAGAACAGUUUCUGAAUCCCAUGAACCACUCCCUUCUCUGCCUGUCACUCCAAGUACAUCAAGAACAAGAGCCUCUCUUGCUGCAACACCAAAUACCAGAAAAAGAGAAGGGCAGUGCAAUGCAGAUUCCCCUCAAACUCAUCCCAGUACACCACGACAACAAACUCCUCGACGUAAGCAAGGAACUAAAGGCAGAGCCACACCUUGCACACCCAAGACAAGUGAUAGAAAUACUCUACUGACUUGGCUUGCAACUGCUAAAACUCCAGGUUCUCAAGAUUCUGCAAGUACUUCUGGUAUAACAGUAGUAAGUGAUAGCAAAAAGGCUAGCCUUAAACGUAAACUUACAGAUAUCAUUGGUGAAGAUCAGGAAAAUAUACAAGAUGAAGUCAAACCUAAGUCCCCUAAUUCUCCUAAAAAGAGUAUUUUAGGUAUAUUACCUUCUGUGAACAAUUCAUUAUCCCCUCAGCCAAGUGUCGCUAAGAUGCUCAAAUAUGGAGAUGAUGUGGGUUCUAGUAUUUUACAAAAAUGCAAAGAAAAAGGUGAAGGGGUCACAGAAAUGACAGAGUGCAUGAAACCUAUUGAAGCACUUGGAGUUGGAUUUAGAAAGCCUGUCACAAAUGUAGCAUCUAAACUUAUGGAGAAGAGUGGACAUUACAUAGAAAGCAAAGAAAAUUUACAUAAGGAUAGCACCCUUACACAGCUACCAGAACCAUAUAUCAAUGUGCAAACCGUUUCUUCCAAGACCUCAUUUCGAAUUGGAAACCUCUCCUCUCCAACUGCAAACUUACCAAAUUACAUUGUAGACGGGUUGUCCCCUCACAACCGACCUGAAACUAGAGUGCAGAAAAAGCGCAAUACUGACUGGCUCACCUCUUUCAGUCACCAAAGGAAAUUGAAAUUCACAAGAACUCCAGACAAAGUAAUCAGAAACAUAGUGCCUUCAGGGUCAUCAGGCCCACACAAACAGAAAGACAGAAAGAUACUCAAGAUAAAACAGAAGAAAUCUGCUGCGCCAUAACAAAAAGUCACACACAGUAAUUUAAGAUAAUAUAUACCAAAGGAUCCGAGUCGGUGUAGUUGUAGUUAUCUGCUCAGUCAUAGUCAUUCUAGAGUGUAACUGAUAUCUGUAAUUUACAAACUGACUCUAAUUUUUAUUAUACUGUACUGUCUGAUUUUUAAUAUUUUAUUUAUUGUGUAUACAGUAAUAUACUUAAGUACCAUUUAUGAGAAAUAAAAACUAAGUUCAUCUUUUGAAUUCAUAAGUUCAUUAUAUCUUUAUAAACAGAAAUUUGAGUGAAUUUUCAUCAAUAGUGCAUUUUAAUACCUUACUCUUUAGUAUUCAAAUGUGAAAAAAUGAAUUUAUUUAAUA